AUGAUAGCUAGUGAAACUGGUUAUCUUGAGGUUGUUGAACUUCUACUCAAAGAACAUGCUGACAUUAAUACUCAAGAAGAAGAUGGAUGGACUGCCUUAAUGCUAGCUAGUCUAAAUGGCCAUCACCAAGUUGUAGAACUACUGCUCAAAGAGCAUGCUGAUAUUAAUCUCCAUGGAAAAGAUGGAGUGACUGCUCUAAUUCUGGCUAGUCAAAAUGGUCAUUUCCAGGUUAUUAAACUACUACUCAAAGAACAUGAUAUUAAUAUUCAGAAAGAAAGUGGAGCAACUGCUCUAAUGCUAGCUAGUCAAAAUGGUCAUCAUGAGGUCAUUGAACUACUUCUCAAAGAACAUGUCGAUACUCAGAUAGAAGAUGGAAGUGCCAUCUCAUUUUCUGUAGAAUCAGAUGACCCAAACCGAGAUCGAGUAGCAUCAA